CAAGUAAUGCCAAAAAUAAAUUGGUCCUUAACGAUCCAAUGUUUCUAGUAUACGAAACUAAUGAAAAAAGUACACAAAUAAAAUAACAAUGUUUCUUUUAAAUACAUUUUAAGACCCGUUGAGAGUAUUUGAAGUAUCUAGGUGAUGUAAAAAUUCCACAUCAUUAUCCAAGAAUGUCGUAUACGAAAUAAUUCCUUUGGCGAUGAAAAUUGCAAACUUCGAAAUUGGAAAACGGGAAAUCAGUACGCGUCGAGCUGUCAAGGAGGAAAGUUGUGUCGGUGGUCACGAAUUUUCCCUCCAAAAUUACGCGUAGUUGAAUUGUAAAAAAGUUUGUUUCAUUAAUAUGUGGGGUUAUAUUUAGGUUUGAUUCUGUAUCAAAAUGAAUGAUAAUGAAGAUGAGUUUGUUCAAGAGGAAGAGGAGGGCACAGAAUUGGAACUUGAAGCGCUGUACAGGCGAUAUUGUGUCAGAUUGAAGCAUGCCCUUUUCGUGUCAGCUCUCUGCGUCACAUUACUCUGUACUCUAGUGCUAUUGUGUGCUGUCUGUGUUCUACAUUCACAAGAACUGUCAACCCAAGUAACAUCAAUAACAUCGUUAUCAGUGAUCUCCUUCAUACUGUUAUCGGUAUUGGCUCUUGCAUUAUUACCAGCAGCGGCAGAAUGGGAGGCUUUCGCGCUGAUUGGCUCCGUCUUAGUCACAAUAAGCCUCGGUGCUGGUACGCUGAUGGCAACCCAUCAUGCACCAUUACCACUCUUUGCAUUAAUUUUGAUGGUGCAUACAAUGAUGCCUAUAGCUCGUUCAAUAGCGCUUGUUAUGGCGACAGCACUUACCGUCGCCUACAUCGCUUUGGCUGUGGGCUUGGGCCCAAGGGGGCAGGAAGAUCAGUUUUAUCAACAGCUGAUAUGUGAGCUGGCACUCCUGCUAUCAGCAAGUGGUAUUGGUUUAUACUACAGGGCGCUUACAGAGAGGGCUCAUAGAAAAACCUUCGCCGGCACCAGAACCUGCCUGGAACAAAGGGUUAAACUCGAGUGCGAGAGGGAGCAGCAGGAAAGUCUCUUGCUCUCUGUCAUACCAGCUUAUAUCGCCGCUGAGGUAAAAAGAUCUAUUAUGUUAAAAAUGGCUGACGCGUGCGUAGAUAGCAGCAAGCAGACACGCUUCCAUGAAAUGCACGUGCAAAGACAUAACAAUGUCAGCAUAUUAUACGCAGAUAUCGUCAACUUCACUCCGCUAUCCGAGAGACUGAGUGCUUCUGACUUGGUGAAGACACUAAAUGAACUAUUUGGAAGAUUCGAUCAAAUUGCACAGGAGAACCAAUGUAUGAGAAUCAAGAUCCUGGGUGAUUGCUAUUACUGUGUUUCGGGGCUUCCGGUGUCGAGACCUAACCAUGCCUAUAACUGUGUCAACAUGGGCCUGCUAAUGAUUGACGCAAUACGUUUCGUCCGUGAAGCCACAGGUUUCAAUGUAGACAUGCGAAUCGGCAUCCACACAGGUAAUGUUCUGUGCGGCGUGCUUGGUCUCCGAAAAUGGCAAUUCGACGUCUGGAGCGAUGAUGUGACGUUGGCAAAUCAUAUGGAGUCUGGUGGGAUCGCUGGACGUGUUCAUAUCACAAAAUCGACAAUGCUGCAACUUGCCGGAAAAUUCGAGGUGGAACCAGGUGAUGGAGCAUCGAGAGAAGGAUACUUGGCUGACCACAAAGUGGAGACAUAUCUCAUUGUACCACCCAAGAAACCGUCGGACAAUGGUCGUCUUUCUGUAUGUACGAUAGACCGAAAAGCCAGCAUUGUAUCUUCUAUAUACCAAGACGUAUCACCGACGAAGCCGCGGGAGAAUAUCAGCCCAGCUCCGUCUCAACACAGUUUUAAUGAUCAGGAAGGCACCAAAGUAAUGCGAGCCGAAUCUAUGAGGAAUCCAGAUCUUAGCAGACGAGCAUCAGUAAAAGUAGACGGACAUAAAAGUGUGGCUUUUGAGAAUAACAAUACUGCUAAUCCAGGAGAUACCUUGGGCAAUGGAGCUAUUGUUAAACCUAAAAGUCGGAGUGGAUCCAUCAUUGGAGCUAUUAGUCCAAUCAUGGGAACUGAGCGCAAGUCGGAUACACCGACACCAACCAAGGAGCACUCAGCGCCGAUAUUCACGAGAAUGUUGAGCACAAUUUCUAUGGAUUCUACUUCAAUACCUGGCGUUCCCAGUAGGUCUCGGCCGUCAAGCAAGAUGACAAAGUAUGUGGAGUGUUGGGGCGCAGACAAGCCUUUUGCAAAUAUUACUGAUUCAACUUUAGCCAAAAAUAUUGGCAUUUCGAGUCUGGCUAUGAUCGAGCAAAAUCUACUUCCACAAAGAACGUGUUGCGAUUGCAGCACUAAUUCUGAAGGCAUGAGCCGUAUCACCUUAUGGUUCAAAAAUAGGACUCAAGAGAAUCAAUAUCGCAGUCAACCAGACACACUGUUCAAAUACUAUGUGGCCUGCGCGUGCGCAUUAUUUAUUUUAUUGGCAUUUAUACAGCUGAUAACAUUACCUAAAGGUAUUGUUCUGUACGCGUCAUUUGGCCCUACAUUCGUAACGUUAAUAGUUUUUUUGUAUUUGUCGUGGUAUGACGGACAAUUCCCUUCAAGGGGGAUGCAUCUCCUAUCGGAUGUGACGGAUAUUUAUUCAGACAACUGUACCAAGCCUGGUCAGGUAGUUGCCAGUAACAGCUACAUAAGAUUGACAAUGUUCUUAGUAUCAGCUGUUUUAAUCGGCGCCUGCGCAGUUAUUAAUCUUUUCCAAACUUAUCUGAUCCAAGAAUUUCCGACAGAAGUAUGGGUGAAGAAUUAUACUAGUGAUAAUGGGACGAAUAUCACCGGAAUCACAAUUAAUAUAGAUGUUGAAUCUGCUCCGAGUUACCUCUACAGCUCAGUACUGACUCUAGCUUCAAUAUCCGUAUUUCUUAGAAUUGGAUUUGUUCUGAAACUUGUUCUGAUGGUAGCGACUCUGAUAACACACAUCACACUUUUCGCCUCCGCGGAACUGUUCAGUCAGUACCAGUACCGGGAUUUUGAUACCGAAUUCUCAAUGCUUCCAUAUUCAGCCAAAGCGGGCCUAGUACUAGUCUUUCUAGCGGCACUUUUACACAUACUGGACAGGCAAAUCGAAUUCACUUCUCGAACUGACUUUUUAUGGAAAGACAAGCUAAAAUUUGAGCAGGAGGAAGUUGAGACAAUGAGGGGAAUUAAUAAGAUUUUACUAGAAAAUAUACUCCCUGCUCACGUCGCUCAACAUUUCUUGACUUCGGUUGCUUCCAAGGAUGAAUUAUACCAUGAGCGUUACUCGAGUAUAGCGGUUAUGUUCGCUUCGAUUCCCAACUACAAAGAAUUUUACGAUGAGACAGACGUCAAUAAACAAGGCUUGGAGUGCUUGAGGCUGCUCAACGAGAUUAUUUGCGAUUUUGAUAAGUUAUUAUUGAAACCCAAAUUCAGCUGUAUUGAGAAGAUUAAGACCAUUGGAAGCACUUAUAUGAUCGCGUCUGGGCUUCGUCCGGGGAAAGAAGAACCUACCGACGCAAGCCGGAGAGAGGAACACACAGUUGCAAUUUUAGUUGAAUUCGCGAUCGCUCUUAUGACUAUACUAGAACAGAUCAACCGGGAGUCAUUUCAGAGAUUUAAACUGAGGAUUGGUCUCAACCACGGCCCAGUAAUAGCCGGGGUUGUGGGCGCUCAAAAGCCUCAAUACGACAUUUGGGGUAAUACAGUGAAUGUUGCCUCUCGAAUGGACUCCACAGGCAUGAUGGGACGGAUACAGGUCACAGAAGAUACCGCUAAAGUACUAAUGAAUGCCGGCUACACUUGUGAAUGCCGUGGUCCCACGUUUGUUAAGGGAAAGGGGACUCUAGUUACAUACUUCGUGAAGACACCCAAUGCUGGGAGUGGAUUAUGAAUACUCAAAUGUGAUUUUACAAUACUCAUUAGAAAUUAUUUAAGUUAAUUGCCAGUAUUUUAAAGUGUUUUCCCUCAUUUAUAUUAUAUUUAAAAAUUUGAAAUAUAAACGAGACUUUGUAUGACAAUUUUCUUCGUAGUCUUUGUUGUUGUCUUGUAUUGUUUAAUAUAUUACGUACGUUUCUUCGAUAUCUAUUCACGACAAACCACUAAUCCAAUAAUAAUAUUACCUACCAUUUAUACUAACCAGUCUAAAAUCCCUAUAAAUUCCAUUCAGAUUAGCUUAACUAUAAUUUCGAUGAUUUAACAUUGAAAUUAAUAUGACUUUAGACACCGGCUGCUUACUACGUAAAGAAGUGAACGUUUUAAAGGCCGCAUUUGCCGUGUACCACCAUUGUGUGGAACUGCCCGCUGAAGUAUUUCUGAACACAAAGGCUGGCAACGCGCUGGCGAGCAUUCUGGCAAUGUGAGUGUCCAUGAGUGGCGGUAUCAUUUAACAUCAGGUGAGGCUGCUGCCCAUUUUUCUUCUAUUAUAUUAAAAAUAAAACGAUACUUACGUACGUAACAUAUACUUGAUGAUACAAAUAGAUUAUUUUUUAAGAGUUUUAUGCCGUUUUUAGUCAAAAUAUAUAGAAACAGAAUUGUGUUAAGAUUCACAAACUGAUAUAUUUUUGUAAAAAUAUAAUUUUUAGGAUUUG